AUGAACUCCGCACCGAAGCGCGUAAUCUCAGGCGAUACUAUUGAAGAUGAUGAAGGGGCUACGUCCUUGUUUACUUCGACCAGUACUACACAGAAUGAGCCAUUAGAUCACACAACGUUAUUUCUGCCUGCAGUUGCCGAAACAUGUCAGAUAUGCAAAAUCGAGGGCUGUCUUGGCUGCAACUUUUUCCCCGAACAAACAGAUGAACCGGAUGACCAAAAGAAGAUCAAGUACAGGGGAGUUAGGCGGAGACCAUCAGAUAAAUGGGCAGCCGAGAUUUGGAACCCGGUCGGGGCAGAACGUGUGUGGCUUGGCACUUUCGAGACUGCGCAGGCUGCUGCCAGAGCUUAUGAUGAGGCCGCCAUCAAGUUCCGCCACUUACAGGGACUUAAAGCUAAGCUUAAUUUUCCAUUGUCAGACUAUGAUAUAAAUCAAAUUGCACAACGCACAUAUGAUGACAUCUCUUUAUAG